AUGUCAGCCAUGAUACGCUGGCUCACUCUGGCGGCCGCGCUGACAUUAGCACAUGCAGGCGCGGCGGGAACGCCUUAUCUUCGAGCGUCAGCCCAGGAGCGCUGGUUAGCAGCUGAUAACGCCACCAACUCCUCCACCACCACCACCACCACCACCACUACCUCCACCACCUCCACCACCUCCAUGGCCAUGUCCACGACAACCAAUGUGGACACCAAUGACACGAACAGCACCAAUGGAACCAACACCACAGGGACCACAAGUUCGCGGGAGAUCACGACGAAUGAGAUCAUGGCUCUCUCCUUCGCCGGCGCGGGCUUGCUGCUUUGCGUGGGGGUGCAUUUGCUCCUCGCGCCAGCUUCCUAUCGGCUCGACUUGCUGAUGGCAGCACAUCUCUCCCGAAAGACGAGCGAUGCCACCUUCUCACGAGUGGCCCCCUUCGUCCAGUGGCUGAUGAUUGCCUGCCUCUUCCUUCCUGUUGCCUGUGUGGCUCUUGCAGCCCAGCAGGUGAGCACCGACUCAUGGCGGCUAUCAUCACUGGGAAGCUUGGUAGCCGUUACCAUCUAUUUUGGCAGCCUGGGUCUGGGGAGGGCGGCCACCGACUCUUUCCACUUCAGCUGGCUGGCCUUCCUCUUCUCCCUGAUGGCGCUUCUUUGCCUGGGCUGCUACUUCUGCCAGUUCGUGUGGUGGCUGGAUCCCUUCAGUUUCACUUCAGUCUCUGUCGUAAUGCUCUGUGUUAGUGCAGUACCCAGUAUCGCGCUGGCCUUUCUCUGCGGCAGCUGGCAAGGGAGUGGGUCGAUGCUCGCCUUUCUGUCUGGAGACCAGGCGCAGCCCGGACCAGCGACUGCGCUGCCACGAAGCAAGCCGAAGCGGAUUGGGCUGAUUGCCAGCCUUGUCGUCUUGGAGCUGGGAGUGCUGGGGGCAUAUGGCCUUGCGGUGCGCGUGCUGGCAACAAACCCGGAGGCUCGCGAUGUGGGUUUCGUUCUGGUGGCAGCGGUGGUCAAUCUCGAUGCCAUUGUUUGGCUCGUGUGGGCCUUGGGACUUGUGACCGGCGGCGCGCAGACAGCUCUUCUCAUGGUGGCGGCACGAGUUGCCGCCUGUGCAUGGGGAGAGGACUACUGGCUUAUGGGCCAUUCCGGCGUAUUCCUGGCCAUGGUCACUCUGUUGGCCCAUAUGGUGGUGAAUGCCAUGAUCCCUGCGCCAGACAGCCCUCAGGUGCGGCGGCAACGUGCGGCGGCAGACAUGCUAGAGACAUUGCAGGCCAGGAUUGCAGGAGGAUCAGGAUCAGGUGACCACGGUGACCAUGCCACCCCUGUAAGUCUGGCAGCUCCGGCAACCAUUGCGAAGUGGAAGAAGUGGCUUCCUGCGGUGGUGAUGCUGGGCAUCAUGUGCCUUUUUGCUGGGGAAGUGGCUCUCGUGACCUUCCUAUUCGAGCUACCGUCCAUUUCCUGGUGCAACACUUGCGAUGCGCGUCCUCAGCAGUACUACGCAGGUGUGGCAUUGGGCGCCGGUUUCGUAUAUGCCGUGUCGUUGUACGGCCAUCGUCGGUCGCAGCUCCAGGCCUUCGGGAAGAAGGGGCCGUUGCUGGAGACAGCCCCCCUGGGCAUUGUGGUUCCGUAUUUCUGCUGGGUGGGAGUUGGCGCAUACACAUCCUGGGUCGCAGACAGUUGGGCAGUGCUGGUUCAUGUCAGCUUCCUGCCCUUGAUCCUGGGCCUGUUCUUCUCCGCACAUCAUCGUUGGGUGGUCGAUGACUUCCACUUAACGCCGCGGCCCCCCAGCGCCACAGCCAAGAUUGCACCGGAGCCGAGCUCCACGGGCACGGGAGGUGACCCUGCGAGUGACGGUGGAGCUGACCCCGCUGACCCUGUGGGGGCCGGUGGGAGCUCAGUUGCGGCCGAGGACCGGCCUACUGGCUUAGCAAGGGUGCCGUGGACGGUGCGGAUAUGGCUGAUGGCUCUCCUCCUUGACAUCGCAUACGGGGUGGUCUUGCACUUGGUAUCAGAAGUCCGCUUCCGAUGGGUGGGCUGGAGCAUCAGUGCCGGAGUCCUCGUCUUGGCGCUGACCUUCAUGAGCAACCGGAUGUGGUUCGGCACCUUCCAGCUCUACCCAGAGCAGCCUAUUUUUUGGGGAUUCAUUGCGCUCAUCCUCCUGGCUUGGGCUGGCGGCGUGUGGUACUUUCACCGGGAAAUGAAGGUGGACGACUUUGCCGCGGUAUUGCUCUGCGUGGUUGUCCUCUAUCCUGCAGUGUACGUGGCAUUCCUUGCUCUGCAGGUUCUGCGCGAUGCCAAAUGGAGUCCGAAGGAUGCUUCAACAUUUCGAUUCGUGCGGAACGGGAUCAUCUUCAGCACAGUCGUGUACCUGGCCUUCCUGGGGGCGCUGGCCCUGCUGAACUGGGCUGCGGCUCUUGGAGGUUUCUGCUUACUGCUAAUGGCGGCCGUCCUCGGCCUGGCCUUUUGGAAGUGGCUGCGCAACAACCGCUACAUCAGCGACAAGGUCAAGCUGGCCAGCGCGGUCGCUGUGGCCUUGUGUGUCCUGGGCUCUGCCGUUGGCAUCACCUUCUACUUUCAGAGCAUCUUUGGAGGCUUCACCGCUGUUUGCGUGGGGGUCACGCUGCUGUUGGUGGGUGACGCUGCGUCGGAGGUUUCUGCAGCACAGAGCCGAACAGCUUUGGAGCAGCUUCGUGUGGAGUCCUCCAACUUCGUGUUCCCCAUGUUCCGCUUCCGUGGUGGGGAACUGGCACGGGCCCAUACAGACAUAGCUGCGGCAAUGGAGGCGCUGGGUGUUAUAUCACUUUGGGGACUGGUGGCAGCCGUGGUGUUAGAUGACUAUCCGGCCGUGGGUAUGGUCGUGGGAGUCCUUGCCCUUAUGGGGAUCCUGAUCCUGUGGGCCCAUCUCGUGGCACGGGGUGGCUUACGCCGGGCAAUGGUCCUGGAGCAGCUGCCUCAGGCACAACUACUGGCGGCAGCUAAAGAGGCACUGGAUGGAGGUCUCGGCGGCGCCAAAGUCGCUGACGCAGGCAGUGAGAGCGACAAGGACACCCAGCAGAAGCUGGUACAAGCAGUUCAAGAGUUCGCUACCGGUUGCAAGUGCAGCAUGGACGAGUUCCAAUCCCAGGUGAAGGUUGCCUGCGCCGGGCGUUUCCACACCUUCCCGCUGAUAGCGUUCUGGCAGAUGCUGAAUGCCGGUGUCGCCCUGAUCCGCAAAGGACAAGGCUGUGUGGCUAACAACUCACCUGAACAUCCGCGGGAAGAGCACCAGAAGCUAUUGACGAGCGCAAGGAAGUGGCUCUCGGCGGUUUGCAAUCAGCAACGCUUCGAUGCGCGACUGCAGCUUUGUUUGCUCUCGGCGCAGAUGCAGCAGAUGUGGGCGAAGGAGUCCGAGUUCCGGGCCUUCCUUCAGAGCACAGGUGCCGAGGCCAAAGGGCUGACGAUGGACGACUUCAAGCAGUUGCCGGAAGCAGACCGCAAAGAGCUCGAAACAGCGUGGCAGGCCUGGAAGGCGGCGGAGGUUGAGAAGCAGCGCCUUGAAGACGAGCGGCGGAAGGAGGAGGAGGAGGCCGCGCGCCGCCGACUCGAGGAGCAGCGGCGCCGCAAAGCAGAUGCUCGGCAGGCGGUGGAGACGCUUCUGAAAGACCAGUGCGGCGAAAUCAGCAAGAUCCAGGCUGCCCUGAACGCCGCACUGGGCGCUGGUGUGCAAGAGGCAGAUGCCGUAGUGGCGGAAGCAACCCAGCGAGUGCAGGAGCUGCGCAGCGCGGAGGAGCUGUUGCAGAAGGCACUGGCCAUCGAUGCUGCCAGCGAGGCAGCGGUGCAAGAGCUGCAAAAUGCCGUGGAGCACGCUCAGGCAGCGUGUCUCCAGAGUGACCUGAUCCAGCAGGCGAGGGACAAGAUCACCCAGAUUCAAGGAACUCUGUCAGCCGAGGAGGAGGCAGAGAGAAAACGAAAAGAGGCUGAGCGACUGAAGAAGCUUCAAGAAGAGGCCAAGGAGCGGCGGAAGAAGGCCGAGGAGGAGCGGCGGAAGAAAGAGGAAGAGGACCGUCUCAAGAGGGCGGGAGAACCGAAAGUCGUGGAGGCCAACCUCACCUUGCUCAAGUCUGUCGCAGAGAGGACGGGCGAGUUCACAGAUAACGUCUUCACCCCUGAGGCGAUGGGGGAAAAGGCCACAAGCAGCAGCUACAGGAUCCAGCGGCUACGGCAGAUCGUGGGUGAUGGCGGCGUUGAGCUCUUCUUUGAUGGCUUCAACCCCAAUGACAUACAUCAAGGAGAGCUGGGUGACUGCUGGUUUCUCUCCGCCAUCGCUUGCCUGUCUGCCCACGGCAAGCUGGUGGAGAAACUGUUUACGUACUCUGAUGCCCCAAAGGGCCUCUACGUCGUACGCUUCUACAAGAACGGCGUCUUUCAGGAUGUCACGAUCGAUGACUUCUUCCCAACGAAGUACGGGCAGUGCGCUUUCGCUUCUUCAGGGAAGAAGGCCGAGGCAUGGGUGCAGGUCUUGGAGAAAGCCUACGCCAAGCUUCACGGCAGCUACGAUUCGAUCGAGGGCGGGUUCGUGAAUGAUGCUUUAGUGGAUAUGACAGGAGGCAUCGGAGAGAAGAUGCACCUGCAUGACAAGGCUGCUCGGAAAGAGAUCAAUGAUGGGACAAUGUGGGCCAAACUCCUCAGCCUCUCCCGGGAUGGCCACUUGCUAGGCUGUGGAUCCGGAGCCGGAAAAGACACUGAAACCAGUGACAUGGGCAUUGUGAAGGGCCACGCCUAUUCGCUUCUGCGGGUUGAGGAGGUUGAGGGGCACCGGCUGUUGCAGCUUCGCAACCCUUGGGGCUCUACCGAGUGGAAGGGAAAGUGGAGUGAUGGUGACAAAGAUAGUUGGACGCAGAAGAUGAAGAAAAAACUCGACUACGUGAAUGCAGACGAUGGCUCUUUCUGGAUGGCUUUCGAAGACUUCGUGAAUCACUACCGAAGUGUGUAUAUCUGCCGACUUUUCGAAGACGGCUGGAACCGCUGCUUCGCUUGUUCCGAGUGGAGAGGAGAAACCGCAGGUGGCUGCCGAAACUAUCCCACCUAUGAGAAAAACCCAAAGAUCCAGCUUACUAUCAAAGGAAGGGUGAACCUUAUUCUCACCUUGGAACAAGCAGACUCCCGCGGCGCGGGCGAGGGUGAGGGCGAGGUGCCCAUCGGGUUUAGGGUUUACCGAGACCGCUCCCUUUCUGGGAAUGGCAUUUGUGGCACUUCGACAUACGCCUACGACCGAGAGCUUUGCGUCGAUGUCGAGCUCAAAGAGAACACAGCUGGCCCGUACAUUAUUCUUCCCACAACCUUCAAGCCGAACAUGGAGAGAGGCUUCAUCAUGAAAGCGUUCUGGAAAGGUGCCCCGGACGCCGUGCAAAUGCAGAAUGAUUAG